CUUUUUGUUUGAUAUAUAUAUAAUUAAUGUAUGAAGGAGAAUAUACAGAAUAAACACCUUCAGAAGAUGGGUUAGAAGAUGUUGAAAUCAUUGUUAGUAAAGAGAGACGCUAUUAACAAGAAUUAUUGUUUGUUUAUAAUUAAAAAGAAAAAGAAUAUAAAUAAUUGAGGGAACAUUAGAAAUAUAUUAUUGAUAAUAUCUAAAAAAUUAAACACAAGGGUAAAAUUAUUGUCUAAAUUAAUAGAAUAUCAAAAAGAUAAAGUUAUGGUUGAUCCAUAUUUAUUAGAAAAUAUAAGAGAGCUAGAGGAAUAAUAAUUAAAUGAUUUAGAAUCUUAAAGAUAGGAUAUUAAAUCCGAAAAGUAAAGUAAAAUUGACUAGCUGAAACAACUUCAAUAAGCUAAAAAUUAAUUUAAAUUACUAUUUACAUAAACAGAAAUAUCUAGUCAUUUGCAAAUUUCAUAUAAAAAUAUGUUGGAGAAUAUGAAUUAAGAGUUAUUUUAAUAUAUGUAAGAGAGAGCUGACUUAGAAGAUUAAUAAUUUGAAUUUGAUAAACGUCUUAAAAGUUUAAGAGCUCAAAUAAGGGUAAAUAAUAUUGUUAAUUUUAGGAUGUAACAGAAAAGAAUUAAAAAUUAAUCUAAUAAAUAGAAAAUAGUAAGUAAGGCGAGUGA